GGAAGUGGUGCGGCUGAGUCACUUCGGCGGUGACGAGAAGGCAGAACCUGCGGUGGCGUCGUUGUCUUUCGGCGUUUGAGGAGUUUUCCUGCGUUCGUUUUUCUUCCCGCCUUGCCUCCACUAUCAUGAUGGAGGAGAUAGACCGGUUCCAGGUGCCUGCCGUUCGCGCCGAGAUGCAGCUGCUGGAUCCAACAGCUGCAUCUAUUUCGGACAGAGAUUGUGAUACGAGAGAGGGAGAGACUGUAGCCGUGAACUAUAAGCCAUCCCCACUUCAAGUGAAAUUAGAGAAGCAGAGGGAGCUGGCUCGGAAGGGUUCCCUGAAGAAUGGCAAUAUGGGAAGCCCAGUUAAUCAGCAGCCCAAGAAGAACAACGUGAUGGCACGAACAAGGCUCGUCGUUCCCAAUAAGGGCUAUUCAUCAUUAGAUCAGAGUCCAGAUGAAAAGCCACUGGUAGCCCUGGAUACGGACAGCGAUGAUGACUUUGACAUGUCCAGAUAUUCCUCUUCGGGAUACUCAUCAGCUGAGCAGAUCAACCAAGACUUGAACAUCCAGCUGCUAAAGGAUGGGUACCGGUUAGAUGAGAUCCCAGAUGACGAGGACCUUGACCUAAUCCCCCCUAAAUCGGUCAACCCUACCUGCAUGUGUUGCCAAGCCACCUCCUCCACUGCCUGUCACAUCCAGUAGUAAGGCCAGCAGGCUGUGAUCAGUGCUUUCCACUAUAACUGUAAAACUUAACAGCCAUUGCUUCCUCCUAUGGUAGGACGUGCACCUCUUUGUGUUCAUGGAGCCAGGAGAAACCAAAAAGUUCAUUUUAUGAUUGGUUAAUAAGUUAUUUUAAACUAUGGUUAAACAAAAGAGAAGUCGCUCAAAGUGCCAGGCAGUGCCUGGCAGAACUGACUGGACUGGAGAGCAAAUGCAGGAGGAUCUAGAGAUACCUCCUUGGUUUGUGUAGGUACCGGAGAUGUUUUGUAAGGUGUCUGUUCCAGAAUGGGAAGGGUCAGAUGGGGCUGCAGUUACUCCUGCCCACCGAAACCAAUCCGUCUACAAGAUCAGGGGUGAGUCUGAGGUGUCAGGGGGUUUUACCUGUGGGAGGAGGUUCGUUCUUAAUUCAUUCACUAAACCUGAUUCAUUUGUGUAACCAAAAUUAUACCAUAACCGGGGCACAGGAAUGGGAAUGGAGCAGGGCAUCCUUUCUUAUGGCAAGGCUAGCCAGGACUAGCAUGACCCAAUUCAUUCACUUGCAAAGAGGACAAAUAGGUGGCAUUUCACUAUGAGUCAGUACUAGCUAGAGCUGUUGUGUCACAUAUCCAAUGCAAUCUAUCCUUAGCUCCAAAUUAAAUUAUCACCAAACACAUCAGAUUUGAUCUGCAAUACAUCCAUGCUCUUCAGGGAUUCAGUCCUUGCCCGAGAAUACCAUACCCCUGAGUUCAGUCCACUCACAUAUACUGACUUCAGCCUAUACUUCAUUCCUGUGAGACCCAUCUGCUUCCAAAACUCUUAAAGUUUGUUCAACUAAGAAAAAAUGAGUCCUGCACAAGACAGGACUAGAGCUGUGCAGUCUGAAGGUCAGUGUCAGGAAAGCUAGUUGAAGAAAGCACAUUUUUACAGAGCUUGGCUGUUGAUAUUCUCUUGACACUGCAUCUCUUGGUGCCUGUGGGAGAGAUUUGUUAACACUGAAGGCAUCUCUGUGGUGGUGUCAGACUUUAAGGGGGGUUUCAGUAACAGCAGGAUUAUAAACAGCUUCAGCUGAAAAAAAACCAUGAGAGGAAACUACUGUUUAUCCCAUCUCUGUCCACUUGUGAACCAGGCUUGGCCUGUGUUAGAGAUGUCCCACAUCAGGAGCAAUUGUGUUUAUUUGGUGCUGGAAUAGUCAGGAAACCUGACAUUACAUUAGGUGGCUGGACUGAAUUGCCAGUUCACCAGCAGAUUGUUUUGAAUGCAAAAUUAUUUCUGGAAUUAGGAAACAUGUCCUCUCCCUGGCCCAUCUUACACUGCUGGCUUCAGCAUACGCAGGACUCAGAUGAUGGAUGGGCUGGCAUUUUUCUUGGAGAUUAAAUCUUUUGCCACAGGCAUGACUGUGUUUUCCUGCUCUGCCAGGAGGAAGGACUACCUGCCUUGUGUCAGCGCUUGCUUUAGAGCCUGGGGAAAGGAGAAAGAGAGGGCAAUUCUGAGCUUCCCAUCAGAAUUCCUGAGUCACAAGACAGAGCCUGAGCUCCAUCCCGAAGGACAGAUCCCCCGUCUGAAAUAUUUACGUAGUGAGCUGAAUCUUUAAGAAGUCCUCUUCAUGAUUAGGAGGACACUUAUUUAACAUCGUGGGUUUUCACUCUCUGCAGUGCAAGGCACGGUGUCAUUCACAGCAUGAGCAAAAGAGCAGGCACACAGGACUCCUGGGCUUUAUUAUUCACUAGCUGGCUGUGGGCAACCGUUAAAGCUGUGUUUGCCUCCCCUCCCUAAAACAGGGCACUGCCACCCUGGCUCCAGGCCACAGAAAGAGGACUGAGCGGCGCUGUUUACUGAGCAUCCCUGCCUCCUCGUGCAGAAGUGCUGGUUAACUUGCCAGCUCCUCUAGGAAGAGAGUGUUUCUCAGUUGAAUUCCUCUCCCCUUCUCAUCGCCUGGUGAUGCUGAGAGGGAAUAUUUCCAAAAUGUUUCUAAAGAAGCACAAAGCAUCAGGUCCCCAUGUCUUUGCUUCUUCCUUCAUGUGCCUGUUUUCCUCUCCAGUGCUAGCUCAGGUGUGAGGUUAGCAACUUGUCUGGAAGGGAGGGACGAGCUCUAACAACACUGCGUAGGGAGAAAAGAUAAAAGGGAAAAAGCAUUCCUUAAGGAGUCUUUUUUUUUAAAUGGAGAAUGUAGUCAAAACCUAACAGAAAUCCCAUGGUCAAACCAAAUCCUAUAGGACACAGCCGAGUCUCUUUAAAUGUUCACUAAUCUAAGGCAGGACUUUGCAGUUCAGCAUUGGUACCAUGCAACAUCUUCAUCGCAUUUAUCCUCCUGUGUCAGUCUCUGUGCCUUCCAGCUGGGCUGCACACACUCAGCCUUUCUCACAGCCCUUGCUCAGGAGCUCAGAGCAUUUCAGUGUGCCUGCUAGAGCAACGAGGCAUCUGUUUGCAUGGGUCAGCCUUGGGAGACUGCAGGUCCCACAGGUCUCCGUCAUGCUGCUAUCAUGUUCAGUCAAAGACAGAAUGAAGCUUGCUGAGACUGUAUCUCCCAGGGCUAACGCCUCCCCUCUGAAGGACAGACCUUCCCUGAUAACCACUGCCCCAUGGCACCACGACCAAGUCCUUUUAUUGCCCCUAUUGCUGGUUUUUGCCUGCCAUGUGCCCUGAGGCAUUCCCCAACCCUGCAACUGCCCUCAGACCUUUGCAUUGUGUGAUGUGCACCUGCUUCCAGCACAACCCUUUAGGGUCCCUGGGAGGGAGGGAGAUAAAUUUAAAUGUUAACUACACCCAGUGCUUCCUCCAAAUACAGACAGAAGCACAAGCCAAGUAUUUUUCACUGCACACAGAAGGAGUUGGUUGCACAAAUAGCUGUUUUGGCAUGACAGUACAGGACCAUAAAAUGGCAAUUUUUUGGCUUCUCCUUUCUAUGCUUUGUGUUCAUAUAUUUUAUUAGGGGAAUAAAGUAGAAAGGUGGGGAAAAGUAGUUACCUGUGUAGGAUCAUUAUCAGGAAGGCUGAAUGGAUUAAGGCAAUGCGCAUGUGGCUAUCAUAGAAAAUUGAACACUAACCCUUCUGAACUGCAGUCCCUUAAGCAGGUUAUGACCAUGGGGCGUGUUUGUUGGCUUGUUAUGGAAUAUGAUGGACGGCCUGGCGGUAUGUAUUAACCGCAGAUUGGGCUGGCUCUCCCUAUCUGGUCUCAUGUUCAGACGUUUGCUUCAGCCAGAAGGUUUUCCUUGUGCCCUUGUUGGAGGUUAUGCUGUGGUGACUUCCCAGGAAGGUGUAUAGAUACAUGGCCAUUCUGGCACUGCCCUCCUUAAACCAUUCUCUGCUGCCAUGGCCAUGGCAAAAGCAAAGAGCACAGACCCUGACUCUCUGUCACAGCGUUAUAAAGCCCUAAAAUCUGCAGAGCUGCUGGGCACUCUCCUAACUGCAGAUUGCUUGCAAUAAAGCAAAUCGUUCCUUGUUCCAGUCUUUGCACCAAACUAGAUGAUCUUCUCAGGCCCCAUUUUCAGUCCAAAGUCGUAGAGAAUACCAAGGGGAGGAUCACCACAGAGUAUGAAAGGCUGCACCGCUGUCCAUCUAAAUUACCAUGCAAAUAGGAUAGCUUCCUUAUAUUGAUGCUGGUGCCUCCACAAAGGAAUUUGCAUUUGAUGCCUCCUAAAGCCAGACUGGCUUUUUGUUAGGAUUUUAUGUAAUUUUAGUCACCAAAUUACCUGAGUUUAAGCAAAUCCUUUCCUUUUAUCAGAUGUUAAUUUUUCCCUUUAAUGUGAGCUGACUUUGGACUCCAGGGUCUCAGCACUCAACUCUAUAUCUGCAGUCAGUCUGCAAACUCCCUAUUUCCAGAUGUCUGUGUGAGGGGAAAUAUCCUCCUAGUGUUGAGGAAAGUCUCUAGAUAGGAUGGUCUAGUCUGCUUUUCUGGUGGUUGUAUAAUAACCUUUGGCUGAAAGAAGGCUGAUGUCCAGGCGACCAUCCCAAAGGCUCAUUUGAUGUCUUAUCAGACAUAUCUUGAAGCCAACCCUUGGAAGAGCCACUGGAUCAUAUCUAACAUUGCUGCAUGUCUAUCCCCAACGUGUAUUCUUGGCCAUUGGGUCUGCUAUUCUGUUCUGGCUGUCCUGCCUGCAGAUGCCUUGUGACUGCAAAAGCAGGCAGCCAAGCCUGUUGCACAGACUUCGAAAGGGACUUCAGGACACUGUGCUCCCCCACGGACAGGAUGGACUCAGCUGCUUCUGGUUUAGCUCUCUAGCUCCUUUCUCAAAAGGAGGCACCCGCUCUGCUCAGCUGUGUGCUGGCUGACACAUUGGUCUGUGAUCCUGAGCAGAAUCCUUUCCUCUCCAUGCAGAGUCUGUCCUCGGGCUGGUCUGCAAGCUGUACAAUGGCAUGCAGGAGGCAUGAAAAGUACAGCACCUUGUAUGUGACUCAACAGAAACAUGAAGAUGCUUUUGAAGAAAGGAAGGACCCAGCUGGGCACCAGAUAGUGUGACAGGAAAAGGAAAACAAGCAGUAACUAGAAAGGUUGCCAAGUGCUGCCUUGGCCUAGGGCAGAUCCCAGUUGUCCGAGUUACUCUAUCUCAGUACAGUGCUGAUACCAGCAGGGAGCAAAGCUCACUUUCAGAUGCACACACCAGAAACACCAUGUCCCCGAGCUGGCACCGCAGCCAAAUACUACUGUGGAGAGUCUGCUGGACUGUUAGAGCACAAAAAUGAGAUCUGGGGUCCCUUGCUGCUGUUGGUACAUACUACAUGUUUGCUCUAACCUCAGCAAAGUCACAUCCCCUCUUGAUGUUCAUUCCCUUCUGCAGCACAGGGGAGAAAGCUGCCUUCCCAAGAUGCUACCACCACCCUGCAUGGAUGUUGCCAAGUGUGUGGCGGGCACCAUUGAUAGGAUAGCUCUGCAAGCAAGAUGCAAAAAGCAUGCUAUAGAAGUUUUAUGUGUAUUUUCAAAGUACUACAAAGAACAGCAGCACAACUCUGCUUUCCCUCUGUUUACCACCUUCUGAUGUUGCUUGCAUGUGCCAGAAGGCUGCAGAGUGGAGGUUAGUAGAGAGAUUAAACAGCUUUGGGGGCAAGGAUGUAUUUCCCAGUUAUUUGGCAGCUGGCUCUUGCACAACUGGCUUCUCAAUCUGCAUGCUGCCACAGAGAAUGUGUAAGAAGAUUUGGUGGCCCAACAGCACCAUCCCCUGCUAGCGGAGUUAAGGAACUUAGGAGUGCAACUGGGAUAGUGAGUGCUGAUGGGAGGGAAGAGAGCAUUGAAGGACUCCUUUGGGAUAUUCCCAUGACAGUUUCGUGCUCUUACUUUUAGCAUCCAUGUAAUGAUCUGAGGAUAUAAACUGGCACUUUUGCCUGGGCUCUUCCUUUACUUUACCAUUCUCCCUUAAAGCUCACACAGGGUAUGGCCACUCUUACUUAGAAUGAAGCAGGCUUUGUCACCUGGCUGCUGCUUGGCUCAGCAAGCACAGGCUGCAUGUGCCACUGUAAAUAUACCCUGGCUUUGACCUCUACCACCCUUCAGAGCUGACUCUUCACAUCACCCCCCUAUUUCUACUUCUCAUAUCUCAAAAGAAACAUCUGCAUAGAUGGGCAGUGCCACAGGGCAAGCUGGGCUAGGUUGAGCCUAAGGGGAAGGCAUGGGAAGGUGUUCAUUUUAAGGUGCUUUUCACCUCUAGGAGAACAUGGCAUCCUUGUCACUUCCUUUCAAGGCUUUCCUGUGUGAGGGAUUGCUCCAAAGCUUGAACCACAUCUCAUCAGACAAACCCACCUCUGUUACAGAGCCACACAAGCCCUGAAGCAGAAGGACCAGCAACUUAGCAUAGCAGAAGAGGUUGUGACCUGGGAUUACCUACAGAAGAUUAAUGCCAGACCAACCAGGUGCAGGUUUCUCACAGGGGCUGGCAUCUGUAUUUUAAGUCCCUGUGUUGUGCAGCUGAGCUGCUGUAUUGCUUCAAAAAAAUUACAGCUACAUCCCCUCCUUUGGCCCCCUUGGCAUUGGUGGCAAUCCCAGGAUCACAGCAGCUAAAUGCUGCCUGGCUGAGCACUCCUCUGACAGCUUGCUGAGAAGGAAAAGGCCGAGGACUAAUUGAGAUUACAUGGAGCAGAGCACCGUGGCCCAUGCAACCAUGCAGCAA